GACAUGGGACUGAAAAACUUGAAUAGCAAUAAGAUUUUCUAUCAUCGUAUUUUUAUUAAUCUGCGAUUGCUGCGAAUUUUUCAUAGAAUAUAUUUGGUGUAAAUUGGGUAUUACAUUUGCUUUUGUUGUUUUCAAUGAUGCUCAAAUUGCAGCGCAGAUAGUUUGGCAUCUCCCGUGUGUCAAAAUAAUUAGCGAUUUUAGUCGGAUACCUUAGAAAAUAGCUUAAGCUGUACGUAAAAGAAAUUACAAAAUGAACAAGAAGUUGAAGCUUGCUAAUUUAGCUUCACCUAGAUACACUAGGUCGAUGAAAAAAAAAAUCGGUGAAAUAGUCAACCAGACCACAAAUGUGUCGGAAUAUUUUCCCGACAAUGUGAAAAAACCAGAACCUGCGAAAGCUGUAACCAAAAAGCGGCCGCCGAUUAAGGUGGAGUACGAGAAUCCACCUGAGGCGAAAUUGAAAAAGUUGCCAAAAAUAAAAAAUGCAAAACCUCCGAUCAAUGAUGAAUGGGAACCGGAAAACUGGCGAUCUAUUCUAACAAAUAUUUAUGAAAUGCGCAAAAAUGCCACUGCUCCUGUGGAUGAAAUGGGAUGCCACAAAUGCUCCGAUCCAAAUGCUACUGCCUCCGAUGCUAGGUUUCAGAUUUUGAUGGCCCUCAUGCUCAGCAGCCAGACCAAGGAUCAAGUAACUCAUGCAGCAAUGGAGAAACUCAAGACCCAUGGCUGUACACCCAUGAACAUUAAACUCACAGACAAUGCAAUAUUGGGAAAACUAAUUUAUCCAGUUAGUUUUUGGAAGCGAAAAGUGGAAUAUAUAAAAAAGACGACAGACAUCCUGCUGGAACAGUAUGCUGGAGACAUUCCAAAGACGAUAGAGGAUUUAUGCAAACUUCCCGGUGUUGGGCCCAAAAUGGGUCAUCUCUGUAUGCAAAUUGCAUGGGGUGAAGUUUCCGGCAUUGGGGUAGACACACAUGUACAUCGUAUAUCCAACCGCCUUGGCUGGGUGCGCAAACCAACAAAAGCACCAGAAGAAACUAGAGUUCAGCUGGAAUCAUGGCUCCCUAAAGAUAAAUGGGUAGAGGUAAACUACAUUUUAGUAGGCUUCGGUCAAGAAACCUGUCUCCCUUUGAGACCAAAGUGCUCAGAGUGUUUAAACAAAAACAUUUGCCCUUACGCUAAGAAGAAUGGUGCAAAGCAUCGUAACCUCAAUUUCGAUAACAAGAUUGUACAAAUGAGCGCGAAUUCGAAAUUGAACAUUUUAACGUCGCCUAGGUACACCAGGGCGAUGAAAAAGAAAGUCGGUGAACUAUUAAAUCCAACGUCUGAAUGUUUACCUGAUGGUGUGCAAAGAGCAGAAAUGGUAAAAGUCGCCGUAAAAAAGCGGCCGCCGAUUAAGAUCGAAUACGAGAAUCGGCACGAUAAAAAAAUGAAAAUAUCAGUCACAGAAAAUAAAAAAACAUCAAUCAGCGCCGGAUGGGAACCGAAAGAUUGGCGAGUUAUUUUAGCAAACAUUCAAGAAAUGCGGAAAAAUAUCACGGCUCCUGGUGACGAAAUAGAACGCCACAACGGCCCUCAGCUAAAUGCAACUCUUAGGUUCCAGACUCUCAUUGGUACAAUGCUGAGCAGCCAAACUAAACAAGAAAUAACUCAUGCAGCGAUGAAUAGACUCAGAGCUCAUGGUUGUACACCGGCUAAUAUCAAACAGACGCCUGAUGAUGUAUUGGGAAAAUUAAUUCAUCCAGUUGGUCUUUGGAAGCGAAAAGUCCUAUAUAUAAAGAAGACAGUAGACAUUUUGCUGGAACAGUACGCAGGAGAUAUACCAAGGACUGUUGAUGAUUUGUGCAAACUUCCUGGGGUUGGACCCAAAGUGGGUCAUCUCUGCAUGCAAUUAGCAUGGGGCAAAGUUUGCGGAAUUGUUGUAGACACGCAUGUGCAUCGUUUGUCCAAUCGGUUUGGCUGGGUACAGAAACCAACAAAAAUACCAGAAGAGACAAGAGCCCAGUUAGAAUCGUGGCUUCCAAAAGAAGAAUGGUUUGACAUAAACCGCACUCUAGUCGUGUUUGGUCAAACGAUCUGUAACCCAGUAAGACCAAAAUGCUUCGAGUGUUUGAACAAAGAUAUUUGUCCUUAUAGUCAAAAGAAUAUUACUAACAAGUGAUUUUUGUGGAGCGAAAAGAGAAGGGUCAAAGAGUUUGACAUUAUUAAGU